AUGGCCUCGGUGCCUGUCGUAGUGCAGCCAGCGACCCCUUCCACACUGCUCCUGCAGCCGCGCUGGAAACGUGUAGUGGGUUGGUCUGGUCCAGUGCCCAGACCCCGACAUGGUCAUCGUGCUGUUUCUAUUAAAGAACUUAUAGUCGUUUUUGGUGGUGGCAAUGAGGGUAUCGUGGAUGAAUUGCACGUAUAUAACACAUCAACCAACCAGUGGUUCAUCCCUGCUGUUCGAGGAGACAUUCCUCCAGGCUGUGCAGCCUAUGGCUUUGUGUGUGAUGGAACUCGCCUGCUGGUCUUUGGUGGAAUGGUAGAAUAUGGGAAAUAUAGCAAUGAUCUUUAUGAAUUGCAGGCAAGCAGAUGGGAAUGGAAGAAGCUCAAAGCGAAGAUACCAAAGAAUGGGCCUCCUCCUUGUCCUCGGCUUGGACACAGCUUCUCUCUUGUUGGUAACAAGUGCUACCUCUUUGGGGGCCUGGCCAACGAUAGUGAAGAUCCCAAGAAUAACAUUCCAAGAUACCUGAAUGACCUCUAUAUCCUGGAAUUGUGUCCAGGUUCAGGUGUGGUGGCUUGGGACAUUCCUAUAACCUAUGGGGUCUUGCCUCCACCCCGAGAGUCUCAUACAGCUGUAGUUUACACAGAAAAGGACAAGAAAAAAUCCAAGCUGGUGAUUUAUGGAGGAAUGAGUGGCUGCAGGCUAGGUGACCUUUGGACCCUAGAUAUUGAGACCCUGAUGUGGAAUAAACCCAAUCUCAGUGGAGUGGCUCCUCUUCCUCGAAGUCUUCACUCUGCUACUACCAUAGGAAAUAAAAUGUAUGUAUUUGGUGGUUGGGUACCCCUUGUCAUGGAUGAUGUCAAAGUAGCCACACAUGAGAAGGAGUGGAAGUGUACCAAUACACUGGCGUGUCUUAACCUAGAUACUAUGGCAUGGGAGACUGUCCUAAUGGACAUGUUAGAGGAUAAUAUUCCCCGAGCCCGGGCAGGUCAUUGUGCUGUUGCUAUCAAUACUCGACUUUAUAUAUGGAGUGGAAGGGACGGCUACCGAAAAGCCUGGAAUAACCAGGUUUGCUGUAAGGAUCUCUGGUAUUUAGAGACAGAAAAGCCCCCAGCUCCAUCCCGGGUACAGUUGGUUCGAGCAAACACCAAUUCCCUAGAGGUGAGCUGGGUAUCAGUGCCAACAGCUGACAGCUACCUCCUACAACUUCAGAAAUACGACAUUCCUCCAGCAACUGCUGCCACCUCACCAUUGGCCAAUCCAAUUCCUUCAGUGCCUAUCAAUCCUCCCAAAAGUCCUGCCCCUGCUACCACAGCCCCUACCUUGCAGCCCGUAACUCAAGUGGGCAUCACACUUCUCCCUCAAAGUUCUGUGACUCCCCCAACCACAACCACUCUUCAGGUCUUGCCAACAGUGCCCACCAUGACUAGGACUCAAGGUAUCUCCACUGUUCUUAAAGUAACUGGCCCCCAAGCCACAGCAGGAAACCCACUAGUUACUGUCCGGCCCUCCAGUCAAGCAGGAAAAGCACCUGUUACUGUCACCUCAUUGCCUACUGGUGUACGAAUGGUUGUGCCAACGCCAAGCUCUCAGAGCACGGUGAUAGGCAGCAGUCCUCAAAUGAGUGGAAUGGCUGCUUUGGCAGCAGCAGCUGCUGCUACCCAGAAGAUCCCUCCAUCUGCUCCUGCAGUAUUGAGUGUUCCUGCAGGGACCACUAUUGUUAAAACUGUAGCAGUAUCACCAGGAACUACCACUUUACCAGCUACAGUGAAGGUGGCUUCCUCACCAGUCAUGGUGAGCAACCCAGCCACUCGAAUGCUCAAGACAGCAGCUGCCCAAGUGGGGACAUCUGUCUCAUCAGCUAGCAGUACUCCUACCCGUCCCAUCAUCACUGUUCACAAAUCAGGCACAGUGACUGUGGCCCAGCAAGCCCAGGUGGUGACCACUGUUGUGGGUGGAGUCACCAAGACCAUCACACUAGUGAAGAGUCCAAUUACUGUUCCAAGUGGCAGUGCUCUGAUUUCUAAUCUUGGCAAAGUUAUGUCAGUUGUGCAAACCAAACCAGUACAGACUUCAGCAGUAACAGGCCAGGCAUCUACUAGUCCUGUGACACAGAUCAUCCAGACCAAGGGACCAUUGCCAGCAGGGACCAUAUUGAAACUAGUGACUUCAGCAGAUGGCAAGCCCACUACCAUCAUCACAACCACCCAAGCCAGUGGGACAGGAACCAAACCAACUAUCCUAGGCAUCAGCAGUGUCUCCCCUAGUACUACAAAACCUGGCACCACUACCAUCAUCAAAACUAUUCCCAUGUCAGCCAUUAUUACCCAGCCUGGAGCAACAGGUGUAACAAGCAGCCCUGGAAUCAAGUCUCCUAUCACUAUUAUCACCACAAAAGUCAUGACCUCUGGCACUGGAACGCCUGCCAAAAUCAUUACUGCUGUCCCUAAAAUUACCACUGGUCAUGGGCAGCAAGGAGUGACUCAGGUUGUGCUGAAGGGAGCCCCAGGACAGCCAGGUACCAUACUCCGCACAGUGCCCAUGAGUGGAGUACGACUUGUUACCCCUGUCACAGUGUCAGCAGUUAAGCCAACAGUCACCACAUUGGUAGUCAAGGGCACCACUGGUGUUACCACAUUAGGGACUGUAACAGGCACUGUGUCUACCAGCCUUGCUGGAACCAGUGGACAUAAUGUUAGUGCUUCCCUGGCUACUCCUAUUACUACCUUGGGCACCAUUGCUACACUUUCAAGUCAAGUGAUUAAUCCUACAGCCAUUACUGUUUCAUCAGCACAGACUACAAUAACAGCAGCUGGGGCUCUUACCACUCCCACCAUUACUAUGCAGCCCGUCUCUCAGCCCACUCAGGUGACACUGAUUACAACACCAAGUGGUGUAGAGGCCCAGCCAGUGCAUGAUCUCCCAGUCUCCAUCUUGGCCUCACCUACUACAGAGCAACCUACUGCCACAGUUACAAUUGCUGACUCGGGCCAGGGUGACAUGCAGCCUGGUACUGUGACUUUGGUGUGUUCUAACCCACCAUGUGAAACACAUGAGACAGGUACCACCAAUACAGCUACCACAAGUAUGGUAGCCAACCUUGGGAGCUUGUCACAGUCCACGCGGGUCCAAUUCAUCUGUGACAGUCAGGACAUUUCAACAGUUGGGCAACAAAAUGGUAGUAUGAUACAGGUCUGCUCUGACCAACCUUGUGAGACCUCUGAGGCAGGCAUUACCAGCACUUCCACAGUAAUCAGUGCCAAUUUAACAAGCCCUUUAACUAUGGGCUUAGGACAAAUUUUGUGCUUAAGUUCUCCAUAUGAGAGCCAUGAAACAGAUACCACCAAUACAGCCAUAUCUAGCAUUAGUGGGCCAAAUGUCUGCUCCAAUCCCCCAUGUGAGAUUCAUGAAACAGGAACCACUAGUACAGCAACUAUAGCCACAUCUAGCAUGGAUGCCAGGCUUCCAACACCUAGUAACCCUCAGCAUGAAAAAUAUAUCCACAUGGGUGAUAGUCUAACUUCAGCUCAACCUAGCAUGAGUGGGGAGCUCAAAGGAUCUUGGUCUACCACCAAGGAUUCUUGCCAAGCCAAUCAGAGUAGUUCAACCAACAUUGCCCUAACUAUGAAAUCCACAGCAACCACAAUUCAGGAUUGCCAAAAGUUCUCAUUCGAAGAGGUCACCACUAAUAGUAAUACUAAGGAACUAACUGUUACUCAAAUUAUUAAAGCUGAGCAAACAAGCCCACCUGUGAUAGACAGUAUGAUAGGUUCAAAGCCUGAAAGGUCAGCCAGUUCGCAUUCUGAGGCAUAUCACAUUCCCAAAACCAGUGCUCCUACCAUUGGACAGUUAAAUGUAGAUGCCCCAGAACCCACUGAGAUACAGAUAACCUCUAAGCAUGAGUGCUCAAUACAUAAAGACGAUUUGACCAACACUACUGUAACUAUGAAAGCCACAGAAAUACAGGGUCCUGUGGCUGCUAUACCUCUCCUUUGUUCUGAUCCUUUUUGUGAAACUUAUGAGACCAGCACUUCUUCAUCUUUCGACAAUAUUCAACAAGUAUACUACCAGCCAUCAGGUGAAAUCCAAAAAACAAAAAAUACAGCUACUAGUGCAACCUCCACUAUGGUUAUUAGUCAUCCAAAUAAUGUUCAGCAGAGUAGCACCACAGAGGCAAUCAUUAAUGAGAACCAAGAUCCUCCCUGUGAUUCCAGCUCCCUCAAACAAACCUUGGAGCAAGUUUCCGAUUUGGUGGUAUCGCCACUAACAGCCACAACUAUUCCCAGGAGCACACACCCCUCAGGAAUCCCAUCACCUGGACAAAAGUUCUGUUCUAAUCCCCCAUGUGAAACCCAUGAGACGGGGACCACGCAUACAGCCACUACUGUUACUUCAAAUAUGGGCUCCAAUGAAGCUCCUCCACCUGCUGCAAAUGGUCAAGAAGAAUUAGGAAUCACACAAGAAACUUCUGUGAUUACUACCAGUUCCAGUAGUGCAACAACAGCCUUCUCUACCCCGUCUCGAGCAGUGACCACUGUGACUCAGUCUACAUUGGUUCCCAGCCCUUCAGUUCCAAAUAUCUCAUUAAUGAUGGAAACACCACCAGAGGAGAAGACUAACAAAAUUCCUGACCCAGAUGCAAUUUCAGGAACUGUAUCUAGCACAGAGGCAUCUCUUUCUGCAUUACAUGCCUUAGACUCAGAUGAAGCAAAAACUAAUAAGCAAGAGCAAAACCACAAAUCAUUACUACCAUCACAACUUCUACAUCCCACUGAGUGCCCAGUGUCUCCCAUGGAGGAACAGCCCCAGUCUUCUGAGAGCCAGAUUGUUGUGGAUGCAAAUAACACAAAAAAACCUCUACCAUAUCAGGACUCUAACAAUUCAGCUGUUUUGACUGAGGUGGAUCAGUUUUCUCUGCCUCAUGAAUUGAUGGCUGAGGGACAUGUGGGCACCUCCACACUAAUGGUUUCAGGACUUUCCCCAGAAGAGCUUGCAGUCACUGCAGCUGCUGAGGCUGCAGCCCAGGCAGCAGCCACUGAGGAAGCCCAGACUUUGGCCAUACAAGCUGUGUUACAGGCUGCCCAGCAAGCUGUAAUGGGUACUUCAGGGGAACAUAUGGACACAUUGGACCCAGGAAUGGCACCAGCAGAACUGAGGCACCUACCCACUGAAGCCCAAGAGGGUCAGUCUUCUGCGAUUCCCAUUGUGUUGACCCAGCAAGAGCUUGCUGUCCUGGUUCAACAGCAACAUCAGUUGCAGGAGACCCAGACCCAGACACAACAGCAACCUGUCCCUUCAGAGGCCCUGGCUCCUGCUGAUAGUCUCAAUGAUCCAACUGCUGAGAAUAGUAACCUCAGCGAUACAGCCAGUGCUGUUACCAGCACAGUAACUCUUAUGCCUUCUGCAGGUACAGGAAGUCUGCCAGCAUCCAAUACAUUUGUGACCCUUUCACCUACAGUUGUAGCCAGCCCAGCCAAACUGCAGGCUGCAACUGCCUUGACUGAAGUAGCCAAUGGUGUUGAGUCAGUAUCGAAAACUGACUUACCAUCAUCCCCAUCUAUCAAAGCACCAGUGAAGAAGGAAAACCAGUGGUUUGAUGUGGGCGUCAUCAAAGGCACCAGCAUGAUGGUGACUCACUAUUUCUUGCCACCUGAUGAUGCUUCAUUUAUGGAUUAUGAUUCCAGUACUAUCCCUGACUAUAGCCAGUUUAAAAAACAGGAACUGCAACCAGGAACAGCCUAUAAGUUUCGAGUAGCAGGGAUCAAUGCCUGUGGCCAGGGGCCCUUCAGUGAGAUUUCAGCCUUUAAGACAUGUCUUCCUGGUUUUCCUGGGGCCCCCUGUGCCAUUAAAAUCAGCAAAAACCCAGAUGGUGCCCAUCUUACCUGGGAACCGCCUUCAGUGACUUCAGGCAAAAUCAUUGAAUAUUCUGUGUAUCUUGCCAUACAAAGCUCUCAGUUAAGUGAACCAAAGAAUUCAGUCCCAGCUCAGCUAGCUUUCAUGCGUGUCUACUGUGGGCCCAAUCCAUCCUGUUUAGUGCAGUCUUCCAGUCUUUCUAGUGCUCACAUUGACUAUACCACUAAGCCUGCUAUCAUCUUCCGAAUUGCUGCCCGAAAUGAGAAGGGCUAUGGUCCUGCCACACAAGUCAGAUGGCUACAAGAAUCUGGUAAAGAUGGCUCUAAUGUGAAGCGUGCCAACAAGCGACUCUUGUCAUCUCCUGAAAUGAAAUCGGCUCCAAAGAAAUCCAAGGCUGAUGGUCAGUAAAAGAAGGCUGAUGAUCUAAUCCCUUCUCAUGCAGGAAGCUCCAUCCUAACUUUGAUCCUCAACUCUACUUUGGAGGCACCAUUUGCCACCUCUCAACUGUGUAUUGUAUGAGCUGCUCGACACUUUAUCUUACCAUUUUUCUUUGUUGGGUGAAGUCACAGAAUACAAUUUAUUUCGAAGAAAGCACAUGUUAUCAUUGGGGUUAAGAU